CGACUGUUGCCAAGGCGUCAUGCAUGGGUUUGUGGGUGUGACGUGAAAGACUUAAACUCAAAAUUUUCCAGCACCUUCAUCUCAGUCCACAUUUGACCUCAAGACAAUUUGCUAAAAUGGAUUCUGAAACACUGUGCAAGGCUAACACGACAUUCGCAUUGGCUUUAUAUAAAAAGCUGAUAGAAGAUGACAAAAUUGGGAACAUUUUCUGCUCCCCAUUCAGUAUCUCCGCAGCUCUGGCCAUGGUUCUGCUUGGCGCCAGGGGCAACACAGCCACACAGAUGUCCGAGGUAUUGGGCUUUUCGGAGCCUUCAGCCCCACCAUCCGGAGAUGAUCUUCAGUGUUCACUUCAGACUGACCGGCCGUACCUCAUGCAGUCCCAGAUGCAAACCAGGAUGCAAAUGAGGACCCAGAUUCAGAGGACCAGCCGUCUGCCCGCUUAUCUACGCAAGUGCCUUAAACCCGAAGGUGGAAAAGAUAAUGUGGACGAAAGCUUUGCCCAGUUGCUCACUGAACUCAACAAACCCGAGGCCUUGUAUGUCCUGAGUAUUGCCAACAGGCUGUAUGGAGAGAAACAAUACACAUUUGAUAAGCUUUUUUUGGCUGAAACAAAGAAACACUAUGGCGCUGAGUUGGAAACUGUCGAUUUUGUGUCCAAUCCAGAAGAGUCCAGGGUCCACAUCAACAACUGGGUGGAGGAACAGACUCAAAAUAAAAUCACCAACCUGCUCCCUGCUGGAGUGGUGGAUGCCUCAACCAGGCUGGUGCUGGUCAAUGCCAUUUACUUCAAGGGUAAAUGGAACUCUCAGUUUAAGGAGGAGAAUACAAUUGAUGGAGAGUUUCGACUAAAUAAGACUGACACAAAGCCAGUCAAAUUGAUGAUACAGAAAGCUAAAUUCCAUUUCAGUUUCAUUGAAGAGGCCAACUGUAAGGUUCUAGAAAUGCCAUAUGAAGGAGAAGAUCUGAGUAUGGUGAUACUUUUACCAAAUGACAUUGAAGAUGAAACAACAGGCUUAGAAAAGCUGGAGGAAGACCUGACCUAUGAUAAGUUUAAAGAGUGGACUGACCGAGAUACAAUGGGAUUCGUGGAGGUCGAAGUGAGACUGCCCAGAUUCAAGAUGGAAGAAAACUAUGACCUGAACAAAGUGCUGAUAUCAAUGGGGAUGGUGGACGCUUUCGAUGUGGGCAAGAGUGACCUUUCUGGUAUGUCUCCUGCCAAUGACCUGGUUGUGACUAAGGUGGUGCACAAAGCAUUUGUGGAGGUGAAUGAAGAGGGCACGGAGGCUGCUGCUGCUACCGGAGUUGUAAUUUCAGAAAGAGCAGCCCUGAUUACAGAAAAAUUCAUCGUAGAUCACCCCUUCCUCUGCUACAUUAGACACAACCCCUCCAAGAGCAUUCUCUUCGCUGGACGAUUUAGCUCACCUGAGUAAAUGUAGAGAACCUGUUGUGUUGACCAGUCCAGAAAGGUUUUUUUAUUGAAUUAACUACACUAAGCACUAAAUUCAUUUAAUUGUAAUUGUGACAUAAAAUGGUCUAGGGACUGUUUGUGGAAAUGAGCAUUUUUGCAUUUUCAGAUACAUGAUAGCAUAGGUAUUUUCUUUUCAUAAGGUAUUUUUGGUGCAUUGUCCCAUAUGAAAAAAAUACAGUUCAAAUAAUUUUUGUCUCUUUCUGAUGAUUUAAUUAUAAUUAAAAAUGAAAACAAUAAAAAAAGUAUGUUAUUAUGAAUGUAUCUUAUGCUGUUUUUAUCUUUUGCAUGUGAAGCACUUUGUGACCUAUGUCUGUGAAAAGUGCUAUAUCAAUAAACUUUAUUUACUUAAUUCUAAAA